AUGGGUCCCAAGAAGGUAGUUAAGGAGGAGAAAAUUCCCUUGGGUCGCCCAGGGAAUAACUUGAAGAGUGGUAUCGUUGGUCUAGCAAACGUAGGCAAAUCGACGCUUUUUCAGGCUAUCACAAGAUGUUCGUUGGGUAAUCCCGCGAACUUCCCUUUUGCGACUAUUGAUCCUGAAGAGGCCCGUGUCGUUGUUCCGGAUGCGAGAUAUGAUUGGCUAUGUGAGCAUUAUAAACCAAAGUCGAGAGUACCUGCGAACCUGACGGUGUAUGAUAUCGCUGGUCUAACUCGCGGCGCCUCAACCGGUGCUGGUCUUGGAAAUGCUUUCCUGUCACAUAUUCGUGCUGUAGAUGCCAUUUUCCAAGUUGUUCGAUGUUUCGACGAUGCAGAAAUCAUUCACGUCGAGGGUGACGUUGACCCCGUUCGGGACCUGAACAUCAUCAGCGAGGAGCUACGGAUCAAAGAUAUUGAAUUCGUAGAAAAGGCCCUCGAAGCCCUUUCAAAACAAACUAGGAGAGGAGGUCAGAGCUUGGAGAUGAAGAAAUUGAAGGAGGAGGAGGCUACCGUUGGCAGGAUACUGGAGUGGUUAAGGGAAGGCAAGGAUAUAAGGAAAGGUGAUUGGAAUCCUAAAGAGGUUGAAGUAAUCAACCCUCUCUUUCUCCUGACUGCUAAGCCAGUUGUGUAUUUGGUCAAUCUCAGCGAAAGGGACUACAUCCGGCAGAAGAACAAGUACCUGCCUAAAGUUGCGGAAUGGAUCAAAGCCAACUCCCCCAGCGAUCCUAUAAUCCCAGUCUCUGUCUCUUUCGAAGACAGGCUGACCCGCUUUGAAGAUGAUGUUGCAGCCGAGGAGGAAUGCAAGAAGCUUGGAACCAAAUCGGCUCUCCCCAAGAUCAUUUUAACCAUGCGACAAUCCCUUCAGCUUGGUAGCUUUUUCACCACUGGCGCUGAUGAAGUGAGACAAUGGACAAUUCGGAAAGGCACUAAAGCUCCCCAGGCCGCUGGUGUCAUUCACACUGACUUUGAGAAGACUUUCAUUCAGUGUGUUGUGUUCAACUAUGAUGUGUUACGUGAGUAUGGGGACGAGACAGCCGUUAAGGCUGCAGGAAAAGUCCUUACGAAGGGGAAAGAUUAUGUUGUGGAAGAUGGAGAUAUAAUCUUGAUUAAAGCCGGCGCUGCAAAGGCAUAG